UCUAUUUUUGACGGAUACGGAUCAAGAACGCAACACAGAGCGCAUGCGCCAACUUCCCUUCACAUCAUGGACAACGAAAAGUUAAUUUUGGAGGUGGAAAAACACGGAAUUGUGUACGACCCCAGACAUCCUUUUUACAAGGAUAAUAGUAGAAAGGAGAAGGCGUGGAAUGAAACUUAAGAAGUUUUGGGAUUUGACGCGGCGCGCCGGAUCAGAUACGGACCACAAACGCGUCCAGUGUGAAUUGGCGGACGGCCUCGGACGGAAUGCGAAUGCAGCGCAGCCGCACCGCAGCGGAUACGCAUCCAGUGUAAAUCAGGGGUAAAAGUAUUAAAUUUUGCUGCGGAUGCAGGAAGAUUUAUCUUCAGGGUUCCGCUAGAGUACCUUCGGUAAUAUGUUCAGCAAUAAUCACAGAUAGUUUGAUUAGCGAUCAUUUUAUUAAUUAGUGGCUGAGUGCGGACUUAGGGGCACCGACACAAACCACAGGACACCACGCUAGCGCCGCCGUACCUUCCCGGCAGGCUGCGCUGUGACAGGCGCCUGCUUGGUGACGUGCUCCGGAUCUUCGCCGCGCUUGAGCAGGCUGACCCUGCGGGUGGGCACCGCCGUUGUCCGGCGGAUUAGCGAACGGAGGGUGCGGUAGCUGCGAGAGCGAUAAUUGUCGACGCGGCCGACAUGGCGGCAACAGUAGCGGCCGCAGCGGACGGUAGGCCGGUUAUGGCGACGGAGUGGCGGACGCUGUUAGAUAAUUAACAUCGAGCGGCACACCAAUGGGUCGGCUCACGUAAAAAAAAAAAAAAACCGCAGGUUUAGUGUUUUUUUUCCCUUUGCACGAUUCGUCCGCCAUCGAAAGCUGAUAUUAUCUGUUUGUUUCCUCCGGGUGUCCCAUUACAAAGGUUUAAAUUUUUUAUACGAGAUAAGCGGCUUUUUAACUAUGAACUUUCUGCGCAACCGGCUGGUAGUACUCGGCCUGGUGCUGCUGGCCACUGUGCUGCUGUACCUGCUGCUGCCCGCCAUCCGCCAGGGCAGCAUGGAGCCGUCCUUGGACGUGCAGCGAGUCAAGCUACGGGAGAGGCUGACUGCCGCCGGUUCGUCUUCCCUCGCUCCUCCGCCGGCUGUCAAUGUGACCGUCCGCACCGGGCAGCUGCCUGGAGACCCGCCGCUCUUCUUCAGGGAGGCGCUGCCCGUGGACGCCGCGGGGAGACAGAUCCUGCCCAGGCUGCAGGUGGUUCUUCUGCAUGGCCAGGCUUUCACCUCCAAAAACUGGGAGGACCUGGGGACCCUGGCGCUGCUGGCCGUUAACGGGUACCAGGCCCUGGCGCUGGAUCUUCCCGGCUUCGGAAACUCCCCCGACUCUGCACUGAAGACGGAUGAGCAACGCGUGGCCCUGCUGCAGCGCUUCCUGGAAGCGCUGGGUGUGCGUGCGGCCGUGCUCCUGAGCCCCUCCAUGAGUGGCCGAUUUUCCCUGCCCUUCCUGGUGCAGCGUGGCACGCAGCUCCGCGGCUUCGUCCCCAUUGCGCCCGUGGGCACGCGGAACUUCUCAGCGCAGCAGUACCAGGCAAUCCAGACUCCAACCCUGAUUGUCUACGGGGAGCAAGACACCAACCUGGGAGCUCAGUCCUACAAGAAUCUAAGCCAGCUUCCCCGGAGCUCGACGGUGCGGCUGGAGGGGGCAGGCCAUGCCUGCUAUCUGGACAAGCCCAGGGAGUUUCACCAGGCCCUGCUGGACUUCCUCAGCAAGCUGGAGUGAGAGAGGAAACCAGGGACCAGAGAACGAUGCCAGGCGGGGUUUUAGGUGGGGUGGAUUUGGACUUCCUGAUUGGCUUUGGGAUUGGGUGAUGAUGGGUGGGGUAUGGAGCUUAUUGACUAUGAGGUGAGUAUGGUCAUUUGGUUGACUAUAAGGUAGUGGCCCCAGUUGGAGAGCAGUGUACCUGGAAAUUCUGGGAUUUAAAUAUAGCUGGAAGCUGAAAGACACAAAGGGGCAGUGUGAUGUAAGCACCUCACCCAUCCUGCUUGCCUCUUACAACUAAAUUCCUGCAUCCCAUGCCAUAGUGAGAGAAGCCAAAGGAAAGAUAAUGUGUUCUCAGGUUUGGGUGUAAAGAUUCUGUCCUUCCUCUAGACUCUCCGGUUUGUUAUAAGCUUCAAAUCAACAGUUGCAGUCUUGGUAAACCUUCAAGUGUCGUCUUUGUGUUUACUGUACUUGGAAUCUUGUUUAGAAAUUUACCUGCUAUUGCAGAGUAGCUUUGUUGUACAGUUAGUUAAAAGUGCACGACUUAAAUGUAAGAAUUAUUUCAGUGCUUUCUUAUUGAUACAGUAGGGCUGUUGACAUGUCUGGUUUCUUAUUUUUCACAUUUUUACAAAUAACCUUAUUUGCCAAGAAAUACUGGGCAGACACAGAAUGUGUAAUGGAAUAUUUGGCUUAUACUAGAUGUAUGACCACUAUUUAUUUAUAUUUAUGUUCAAUACAGAGCUAUAUAUAUAUAUAUUAUAGGGGUUGCAUUGUACAUCUUUUGCUGUAUUUUUUUGCAUUUUUCACCAUUAAAUUAAUAUUGUAAAUA